AUGGGGGGAUUAUGCCACGAAUUACGAUUGUGGAAAAGGAUUUCAUCGAAGAGCGUACUAUUAUGUUUGGCGAUUUUGAUCAUAUCAAUAUUGGUCGAUAACAAUAAUGUUUUAUGCCAAGAAAAGAAAACGAAAAAAACAAUAACAAAAUCCUCCAAAAUGGAUCAAAUAGGCAAAUAUAAGCCUAUUAAAUAUACCAGCACAGGUAUUAUUUAUGACGAUUUGUUUGCGCCUUAUGCUAAAGAUGAAAAUAUGAUGGAUAAUAGUUUUACUAAUCAUCUCAUUUAUCCCAAUGUCAUCAUCGAUAAUCAUGAAGACUACAAAGAAUACAUUAAAAAACAAUACAUGACAUGUGGGUCUAGUUCUUUGAUAUUUGAAGAAGUAGAUGAUUUAAACUCUCCAUUUCUCCGUAAAAAUGAUUCAAACAUUUAUAUGACUCAAUGGGCAGCUAACAAUCCUAUAGAAGAUAGAUGCUAUGUAAGUGUUAUAGAUUUGAAUGAAAUAGAAUUAAAACCUUUAAAAGGCACAUACACACCUAAGAAAUCACUUCAGGCAUUAUUUAUAAAAGAUUUUGAUGAGCUUGCAACAAACAAGAUGGACAAUUUUAUAAAAUUUUAUAAAGAACAUGUGGAAACUAAUAAAGUAAUGACCCCCUUACCUAGCCAUUAUACACUUGAUGAUGAUAUUGAUAUUUUUUAUGAUGAUAAUAUGCAUGAACCAUUGUCAAGUCAUAAAUCAAGUUCUAGCAUUGAUGCGGGAAAAGAUGCUGAAGAUAUAUAUGGACUUAAAGAUAACCAAUUUAUAUUUUCUUCUGUUAUGGAUGGGCAUGGUGGUUCAACGAUAGCUGAUUUAUUAAAAAGAUGGUUACCUGUUUACGUUAAAAAAAAUUUAAUGGAGAAAAUAAUAAAUGGCAAAUUAAAACCCCGUGAUAUUAUAUCAAGUAUAGAAAAUGCACAUGUAGAAUUAGAUCAAGAUCUUCUAGAAUUAAAUUUAGACUUUAAUGAAGAACGUAUUAAUUAUAAUGCAAGUGGAUCAUGUGCAUUAAGUGUUUUAAUGGAUAAACAUAGUUACUAUGUAAGUAAUGUUGGUGAUUCAAGAUCCAUUCUAUUAAGAUCAGAUAGUUUUGUUGUACUAAAUAAUACUCAUAAUAUUUCUGAAGCUGAGGAAAAAGAAAAAUUGAUAAAAGAACAUCCUGAAGAUAAAAAAUUAAUUUUAGCGAAAGUUACUAAGAAUACUGUUUUUCCUGAAGUAAAUCAAGCUAUAAUGCCCAAUAGUGAAAGAUGUGGCCCAUUAGGAUUAUUUAGACCAGUGCGCAAACAACCCACAUAUAUAAAAGGUUUAUUACAAUGUACAAGAUCUUUUGGUGAUUUUUUCUUAAAAGAUAAGCGAUUUGCUACUAAAUAUAUAAAAAAAGGAAGUAAUUUCCAAGAACCAUUUACAUUUCCUUAUAUAACUAGUCGCCCAGAAGUUCAUGCAAUCAGAAGAACAAAAGCCGAUAGGUAUCUAGUCCUAGUAUCAGAUGGUGUCUCAAAUGAUUUAAAUGACUUUAACAUAUAUGAAAUUGUUAAUAAUUUUGGAUUUUCUAUUCAAGAAGCUGCAAAAAUUUUAAUUGGUGCUUCUAUCGAAAAUCACUCCUCUUAUGCAGCAUUUGACCGAAUUAUGCUUGCUAGUAUCGAACCCAAUAAAAGAAUGUAUCAUGAUGAUUCAACUGUAGUAAUUCUUAAACUAUUUUAA